CAUUCUUUGUGUCAGAAAGCGCAUCUAGUCCAAAUUAUCUUUCUUCCCACGGCACCUGGACAGCCAACUGUCGAGUCGCCCUAUCAUAGCUUACCUAUUUCGAGCCAGUGACGUCACGUCACUCACAACCUCACUCUCAGGCCUGAAUACAACACUGCCUGCGCACGUUUCUGUCGGUGUUUGAAUCGUGUUUGGAUUAGUCCCAACUUCAAACAUUGAAUUACUUAAAAUGUGUGCACUAUGUGUAAAUUUGGCGAUAUCCCAUUUAGUUUAUCAAAAUCUGCAGAAAGCUGUGAACUCCAGUGUAUCGAAUGCAAGGCUAAAGAUUACAGAGAAGAUAUGUGCUCCAGGAUUACGUACCAAGUAGUGCAGUGUAUACAUUGUCAUGCGACAAUGUUGCUCAAUGACAUCUGUUCUCCCCAUAAACAAGCUCAAGCCAAAAAAACAUUCACUUGUCCAACUCACUCAGGAAAUAAUGGUUGUGCCCAAACCCCUAUAUGUAUAUUAUAUCAUCUAUCUCCACCUAUAAAUGCCUUGCCUGUAGGAAAAAGUUAUGAAAAAAGGACUUCAUUUUCAGGGAGCCCAAUAUUUUUCUGUUUGUUGUGGCUGAUUACACUCUUUAUGGUGAUGUCUGGUUGUGCCACAGUCCCGACGAAGGGAUGUCCUGGCCCAGACUACGUUAUCCAGGAGAAUGGCUUUUGUUGUGGUGUUGUUUCCUGUAAGAGAAAUUUUUCAGUUUCAAUGUGUCAGGUUAAUUAUGGCAACGACACAUGUGUUCGUUGUCCGGAUGAAAGUUUUCUGUUGGAUCCCACAACUUCAGAAACUGCCACCAGCUGUGUGAAACCUGUUUGUAUGAAAAACAGGACAAGGCCAUCCCUGGUGAAAUCUACAACUGUUGAUCAGUUUGCCUGUCCCCAAUGGUGUGAAUGUGACCUCAGCUUUAAUUUCUGUGGAACAGACCCUUGUAACUGUCGGAGAGGGACUUGCCCAUACCGCACCAUUCUGCAGCAGGAUUGUGGAUGUAGUCCGGUCACACCCAGUCCUCCUACAACAAUGCUUACAUCUUCUAAGCCUAGAAUCGAUGUGUCCACCAAGGCCUCUGACGGCCAGCCAAAUGAGGGUGCCAUCAUUGGUGGUUGGGUAGGGGGUGUCAUUGGUGUCCUUGUUCUCCUUGGCAUUAUAGGAGUCAUUAUCUACAAAUGCUGUAGCAAGAAGAAACAAGGAAACAAAACUAAAUUUGUUCAACACAGCAAUGGGACCACCAGAUCACAAUCAGGGACUUCUGAAUCAACAGGCAUUGAAGGAGAAGAAGACUCUGAAUCUCUCCCUAUAUCUUCUGUAUUAGAUGCAAUUUCUCCUGGGACCCCCCCAUCACAAUCAGAAACUUCAGUAACAGUAGACAAUGAAGAAGAGCAGGACUCUGCAACCAAUUCAACACCCUUAUUACGACAAGACCUAGGAGAAACUGCGGUAUAAAAGUCAACAAGUUCUCCGAUGGUCUGCACCAUAGUACAUCAUGGUUGCUACAGGGUGAGAGAAUCACUGGACCAUCAAGCCUGCCAAUAUAUACAAAAAAGUUACAAGGUGUAGUUUGUCAAGUCAAUGUCAAAUCCGCGUGUGUUUUAUUCUUUUGCAUAUAAGCAACUCUGUUUAUGCAUGUAUGUGUUACCAUUAAAGAGCUAUGCUCGGGCGCCGGUGGCCACCGAGAGCUACGCUCCUAUUAAUACAUGUACCUUUAGCUGUGGACACAAGUAAUUGCAACAAAUAUGUAAUGAAGAUCAGAGAGUUUGAAACCAAGACUGCAUGAUAUAUCAUUACAAUACACUGUAUUGUCCUUAACAGAAGGAAAUAAUAGUUUUAGUACAUUAAAUUGUUAUACACAUUUUCAAUGAGAUAUACAAAAUAAGUGCCAUACAGGAUGCUUUUGCAGCCAUGCGUCACUUCUUUGGUUAGCCCGUCGUCAGAAUAAUGUGAUCGGGUGGGAGUGUCAUAACUCCUUAUCAACAUUAUGACAUUUCGGUGAGAUUACACUUUUAAGUGGCCCCACAUUCUAUGGACAUCGUCUUCAUAUGGUAUCAAAUGUUUCGAGGACGCAAAACAACGAACAUGACAUAUUAGUUUGGAUACCUUGUCGUGUUUAAAACAUGAAGGUAGUUAAAAUAUCCACAUAUAUAUAUUUUUAAAUUCUGUGGAAACUUUCCACUUCAGACACUUAAAAUUUGGGUCUGAAACAAAAUACAAUUCAACCAGGACUUACUUAAAAUUAAUUUAUAUUUUAAUUACUCUUUACUCCAUCCAUAUAAUGUUAUCAUGAUAUCAAUGAAUUCGGCUUAGUUCGAUGGCCACAUUGUAACGAAGACAGCUUCCUAGCUGCAGAACAUACUAUAUACCAUUAUCAAUAUCCAGUGGUUAUGCUCAAUUUCAUUAUCUACACCCCUGGAAUAUGUCGUAGCAAAAUUGAAGGCACGAAGAUAGCUGUUUGAUUG